AGAGAGAGGCGGGUGCAGCGUUGCCACCAACAGGACUGGAUUAAAAAAAAAAAACCCCACAGCGAGCAAAGCAGGCAAAGCAGCAUCACCUGCGGAGAGAAACCGCCGCUUCUUUACGCUGGAUUUCCCCCGGGGCUUUGGAAAACAGACGUCCUCCACGUUGCUGCGGUUUUACGAGACGCCUGUUUGAGAACAUAUCUGAGAACAAUUAUUGUCACCACUGGGAGAGGGGAGGAAGGGAAGGGAGGGGAGGUGGGGGCGCCUAAAUCUGUCCCCCCUUGAGGACAGGACCUUUGAAGCUCAAAGCAACAACAAUGGACUGCAUUUCCACAGGGAGCUCACUCCUGGAGCCGCGCGGAACACACACAUGGGAUCGUAGCGUUUCUAACACAGUCGACGUUUCCCUGUUUACUUGUUGAGCGGUGUUUUCCUUGUGUCGGGAUCUUUAGUUGGAGCCCGCGAUGCCCGCGAGGAACAGGUACAACCUGGUGGACGAUGUGGCGGACUCGAGGGUGCCGCUGCACAACGAGGAGGCUUAUCAACACGGGAUUUACUUCCAAGCCAAGUACGUGGGGAGUCUCGACGUGCCCAGGCCCAACAGUCGGAUGGAGAUCGUGGCAGCCAUGAGGAGAAUCAGGUAUGAAUUCAAGGCGAAGAACAUCAAGAAAAAGAAGGUCAGCAUUGUGGUGUCUGUGGACGGAGUCAAGGUGAUGCUGAGGAAGAAACAGAAGAGGAAAGAAUGGACGUGGGAUGAGAACAAGAUGCUAAUCAUGCAUGAUCCCAUAUACAGGAUUUUCUACGUGUCUCAUGACUCCCAGGACCUAAAGAUCUUCAGCUACAUUGCAAGAGAUGGCUCCAGUAACUCCUUCAGAUGUAAUGUCUUUAAAUCAAAGAAGAAGACGCAGGCCAUGCGUAUUGUGCGGACAGUCGGUCAGGCCUUUGAGGUGUGCCAUAAGCUCAGUCUUCAGCAUGCUGAGCAGGAUGCAGACGGACAGGCAGAUGGAGAGAGUGAUAAGUCCACAGAGGAGUCCAGCAGUAAUGGACGUAAACUGACAGCAGCAGAGCGAGGGGAGGAAGAGGAGGACGGCAAACAUGGAGGAAGACGAGGAGAAGAUCCCUUAGCUGGCACUUCACUGUGUGAAAAGGCAGUCAGUGAAAUUCUGCAGAGUCUGGCUGAACUGAAUGUGGUCAAACCAGGACAGACCAUCAUACAGCUUCUUCAGCAGCAGCUACAGCAGCAGCAGCAGCACACACAGGUGGCCGUGGCGCAGGUGCAGUUGUUAAAGGAUCAGAUGGCAGCAGAGACCGCUGCCCGUAUGGAGGCUCAGGCCCGCGUCCACCAGCUGCUGCUGCAGAACAGGGACUUGCUACAGCACCUGGCCCUGCUUGUGCAGCAGCUGAAAGAGCUGGAGGCUCGCGCUCCAAAAACAACACAACCAGGGCAGCCACAGCAGGAGCCUCAAGCUAACGGACACAACGAUCAACAAUCAUCUGUUUCUACAUUAGCAAAGUCUCUGUCUCUAAAUCUGAAGAAUCACUACAGCCAGACCAUGGACCAGCUCAUCACCUCCACGCCCGCGUGGCUGCUCCAGACUUCCCCACUCUCCCCCAGCCAGGUGGACUGUGCUGAGUCCUACCUCAACCUGCUCAACCUGGAGAACAGCAGCAAAGCGGCUGUGCCAGUCAACGGGGACUUGGACCCAUUCAUCAGGGCUGAUGGGACAGCGGACAGCAAGGGGAGGCCCUCCAAUGAGAUUGUCCCGUUUUCAUCGACAAACUCAGCCCACAUGGAUGAAAAGUGUAAACAGACAAUCCCUAAACUUGACCCUCCUCCACCCUCCCUGAACCGCAAGCGGGCCAGCAGGACCUUGUCUCCGGGGUCAGAAGUCACAGCUGUGCCUACGCCAGGAGAGGUCACCGCUAAUGAUGUGACCGCCAGCCGCAGCAGCAGCCUGUCAUUCCCAGACAUCACCCCCAGCUCCCUGUCGUCCGCUGACUUCCAUUCCCUCAGCAACGGCGAGAGCAGCUCCUGUUCAGCCAGCGAGGACUCCGGGGUCCGCUCCGAGACCAAGUCCCUGCUGUCACCCCUGCGUGACGACGACGACCUGUUCGGGGACCGUGGGACCUUUUUAACGGCCUCCAGCGGCUGCGACAGUCCCGUGGAGGAGAGGAGCGAAGCAGUUCUAUCUCCGUCUGAGCCGUACCCCACCGAGCCCCCCGCCCUCGCCUCACACUCGGACACCUAUGAGCACCCACUGCCCUUCUCCUCUCCUGUGGAUGAUACCUGCCUUCACAUCAGUUUUUCUGAGGAUGAACUGCUGGAGAGCAGCCAGGAAGACCCUAAUGUCCCACAGAGGAGUUAGGAAGACAGGCUGAUAUUCCGCUGGAGACCUUUCACUAUGUUCUUCAAUCAGCUUUUAAUGCAAUACUUACUGUCAAACCCUCCUAUGUUUGCACUGGGCUCCAUUUCAGGACCUUUAAUUAUUCUGUCCACUCGUGACACAGUACAGACAUAGCAUUGCCAGUUACUGAAAAAUAAUCUAUUGUAUAAAUUAUUAGCCAAUGGACAGAUUUAGUAUUUUUGUAAUGAAAUUAAUGAUCUAAUUUACUUUUUAGUGACUAGAAUGUUAAGCAGAAUACAUGUAGCAAUUCUUGCACUGUUAAAGUCACACAUCAUUUACCGUAAGCCAAUGAGGGAACACAUUUUAUUUUUGCUAGUAGUCUACAUUAAAACGUUAUUUUGUAUGACGCUUCGCUGUGGUGCAAACUGUUGUGGAAAUACCAUUUUCUGCAGAGUUCUAUACAGUGCGAUGAUCACGCAAAUGUGGAUGUUGGGAAGAGCCUCGCCUUCUGAAAAGCACCUGAGUGGAUGAUGGGUAGGGAAGAAAAGAACAAGAAAGUCAGUAAAGGGAAAGGGCAGGAUAGAGGUGAGCAGAUCUAGUUGUGUUUUUGGUUUAUGCACAUCCACUUGUGGCUGUGUUGUAGGUUUUUGUUUUAUCAGAGUUGAGUGGGAAAUAGAAUGUUUUGUGCUACUUGUAUUUUGGGUUUUUUCAGACUUGUAGGUCUGACAUUAGCAGAAUAGCCAAAGGAGAUUUGUAUUCUGUGUGUGAUUCUGUGUGUAGCAUGAUUGCAGCCCUUCAAAACUAAAAGGAUAUCCGCAAUGAAAAUUAUUUUAGUUUUGAGAGACAACACAGGAAGAAUGCAAACCCUCAGUGAGCUAACGGCCUUGAAAGCCCUGGAUUGCAGCUGUAUGAGUGGGGAGUCUGUUAUAAAAUGAACCCUCAGACUCAAUGGGAAGAUAAUUGGGGAAUCACAGAGGACCUUGGAGAAAGACAGCUUGGCAGAUGAAUUUUUUCUUUUCAGCCUCUCUCUUUGUGAAAUCCUGAAUGACCAGAAAAUCUGUUUCAUUUAGAGCUCUCAGGACAAAUUAAGCUGACACUGUUGCCACACAUGCAAUAUAGAUUGUCCUAUUGUGCUUGUAGUUUAAUCUAAAUGUUGGGAACAUUGAUUUAAACUUCAGUUGUGUUAAUCAGUAUGAAGCUGCAAUGAUUGGUCAAUGAAUCAAUCAGUAGAUUACCAGAAAAUUAAGCAAUCAUUUAAUGCAGCUGUUUUGAUCAUCAGUCAACUGUCCUUUUUAAGCAAAAAAUACCAAACACUAACAGGUUCUACUUUCUCCAAUAUGACGAUUUACUGUUUUAAAAGUUUACAUUUUGUGUUCCAAAUGUUCCAAACCAUCAGCCAUCAAGAAAAUAACUGUCAGAUUAAUCGAUAAAGAAGACUGUUGUUAGCUGUAGCCUUAUAUCAAUAAGAUAAUUAUGCAAACACAACAUAUCAUUAAACAACUGCCAUUGUUCUUAAGUGAUGAAGACAUACGAAAAUGAGAUGAAUGGAGCUGAGGCGAUUAAUUGAUUAAGUUAACCAACAGAAAGAUAUCUAUUGAUUUAAGUCAUUUCAUCUCAAAUGAGAAUAUUUGACAGAUAUUUGAUGCUUUGAUGAUGAUGUUUAAAUUGAUGGAGAAAAUUAUCAAGACAACAACCAGCACAUGAACUGAAGAAUUAUUUGUUGUAGCCCUACAGCUGUUUUUUUUUUUUUUCUAAUUAUUUUACAUGAAAGUGGAAAGGUUCUGUUGUGUUUUUAGUGGUGUUUCAUUCAGUUAAGUGCACUAUUGUAACCGAUGACAGGUAGGAGACAGGUAGGAGUGAUAAUUAAUGGAUGCGAGAGGAAAAGCAGCUGAGUUGUGAGAAGAGGGGUGUUGUAAAGGUGCAGGUGUAAAAUCGUCUCGGGGAAAUCUUUUUACACCCAGAAACGAGGCUUUUCUCAACAUCACGUGUGGCGGGGCGCUAUAACAGCAAUAACACAUGGAAGAAAAAAAAUAAAGCGGAAUAGUUGAAGAACUUCA